AUGGAUCCAAACCUAAAUGAAUUCAAUCUCGAAUACUUCCAACAAGAAUGGGAGUUAGAAGAUAAAAUGUUUGAUAGGCAACAAGAACUGCUUGAAGAGUUGCUUAGAAGAGAAGAACAACCGCGCAAGAGAAAGUCCAUAUAUAGAGAUCAUCAAGCAGCGCAUGAGAGGCUCAUGGCCGACUACUUUGCCGAAUCAUGCACAUACACUGAUGCCCAAUUUCGACGAAGGUAUCGAAUGAAUAGGCCUCUCGUUCUACGAAUUGUGGAUUCUAUGUCAAAUUUUGACGUUUACUUCACACAACGUCGUAAUAAUGCGGGCAAGCUUGGUUUAACCCCUAUCCAAAAGUGUACUGCUGCCCUACGCAUGCUCGCAUCUGGAGUAGCAGCUGAUGCUUGUGAUGAGUACGUGAAGAUAGGAGAAUCUACUGCGGUUGAGUGUACUCAGAGUUUGAACGACAUAAAUGUACUAGAUAGGUCACCCGUUUUUGAUGACAUUGAGUCUGGUGAAGCUCCAAGGGUAAACUUCACUGUUAAUGGACGGCAGUACAAUAUUGCAUACUAUCUUGCUGACGGAAUCUACCCAAAAUGGCCUGUCUUCGUCCAGUCAAUUCAAAUGCCCCAGGGAUCCAAACAACAAUGUUUUGCCAAACAACAGGAGUCAUGCAGGAAGGACGUGGAGCGCGCAUUCGGGGUUCUCCAAGCACGGUUUGCUAUUGUCCGCCAACCAGCUCGAACGUGGGAUCUUGAAGUCUUAGGUAAAAUAAUGAGGGCGUGCAUUAUUUUACAUAACAUGAUAGUGGAAGAUGAACGAGAUUCGUAUUCGCGAAACUGGGAAAAUAUCGACUUUGAACCGUCAAACAAUCCUAGCUCUUCCGCCUCUUCCAGUGUUCAAACAGACGUAUUGCCUGAGUUUCAAGUCCAUGUUCGAGACCGAUCCGGAUCGGAUAAUCAUACUAGAGCCGAACUACGAGAUAGGAGCCAACAUAUUCAGUUGAAAAAGGAUCUCAUCGAGCACAUUUGGCAGAAAUUUGGAACAACCUCUGAUUAG